UUGAGCUUGGCCUGGCUACGAAGUACUUCAACAUGGCGGCCGUCAAUCGUCUGGUAUUUGCAAGAAGAUUGGAGAAACUUGCGUAUCAACCGGCUUUGGAAGUUCAGAAUGCGAUUGUUAGACAGCACCUAGAAGACUUAAAAAUCAAAGGAACAAACAGUGCUAAAAACGUUUUGCUUUUUUACGAGCAUACGCCCGUUUUUACCGUCGGAAUCCGAAGGAAAAGCGUGGAUGCUAAGGAGAAGAAGCGCUUGGAGGACCUUGGAGCUGAAUUUCACUAUACUAACCGUGGAGGGCUAGUGACAUUUCACGGUCCUGGACAAUUAGUCUGUUAUCCUGUGUUAAACUUGGCUUGUUUUAAGAAAAGUUUACGAUGGUAUGUAGCUUCCCUGGAAAAGACCUUGGUAGAAACUUGUAAGAGGUUUGGUGUUCAGGCAAAAACAACUUGUGAUACUGGCGUCUGGGUUAAGGACAACAAAGUUGCUGCAAUAGGUGUUCAUGCAGGUCAUUGGAUCACCACUCAUGGCAUUGCACUGAACUGCAAUAUUGACCUGGGUUGGUUUGAACAUUUUACACCCUGUGGGAUUAUAGGCAAAGGUGUUACAUCGCUUACAAGAGAGACUAACCAAGUUGUACACACGGAAGAUGCCAUUGAACCUUUUGUGGAAUCCUUUCAGGAUGUGUUUGAUUGUUCUGUUGUGUGGGCUAAUACGUGUAGGAAGGAUCUUAAACUGAAUGGUAGUUGACCUUGAAAAAUUGAUUGAAAACCCUUUCACUCCCAAAAUUUCCUUAGUAAUUAUCCUUUCUGUCUGCUAUACAGUUCUUCUUAUGUUAGUUCUGAGAAUUUUUGGCACUGAAUCAACUUAUAAUCCCUUAAUUGAAAUGUUUCCAUAUUCUCAUCACUUGUCUGUUUGAUAUUCUAUUGUUAUUAUAUGGCUGUGUCUCACAAGGACUGGGAACUACC